GAGGAAGCUCGACCCUGGGCUGCCAGCUCUCCUACGGAGAUACAGCCCGAGUCCCAGGUCCCAGGUCCCGGGUUCCGGGUGCGCACAGCCUGGCAGUACGUAAAGGCCUCACACUCGCAGUACCUCCUUCCCCCGCCGAGACCGCCCACGAAAGGAAGCACGGAUCGCCCUGACUGCAAAACUCCUUUUGCCAUCACAAGCCCUAGGACCGGAUCUGGACACCGUUCAGAUCCGCGAGGAAGAAGCUCCCAACAGCUCCAGAACUUGUGUGGGAAGGGGGGGGGGGGUUUCCAGUGGGUGCUGGAAGGAGGCGGGGGCACGAUCGGGGAGGUAGAUUGGGGCAGGCAUCCCGGGCGCGCAGAAAACUGAGGCACCCAACGAGAGUUUAAAGACCUUUGGUGGCAACAUCUGGGGGACCCGGAGGAGGGGGUGCGGGAGGCAGUGGGCAUGCGGGCGAGCGCAGUCCUCACCGGGGCGCGCAAGCGGUGGCCCUUUGUUCGCAGGCUCCCGCGGCCCUCGGCUCUCAGACACGUUCUUUCUCCGCAUCUUUCGCAAAGCGCCUCCCCAGGGCGGCAAAGACCUGUGAGUCAUCCACAGCAUCCUUGAGAAACUGCCCCCCCCCACAUCCCCUGCCUUGGUUAACUGUCCCCCAAGAGCUGGACUUUGGGGCAGCGAGCCCUGGAGUUAGGCCCCUGGGGAACCCCCAGGCCAGCCGCAAUCAACCCGCGGGGGUAUCGCAGGCUCUCCUUCUCCGAGGCCCCAGGGUCACCCCCGCCAUACCAGUGUCCGGGCUCUCGACACUCCCCGAAGCGCGGCAUCGCGCCCUCACGUCGGCUGGGUGCUCCCUCCGGGCCGGUUGGCUCCCGGGCCCUCACACCCUCCAACCGCCCUGUGGGUGCCGCACGCUUCCAACCUGCAAACAGGCCCCCGAAGUGAGCCGGGCGCGCGCAGAGGGGCAACCCAGGCCACGGCACCCUCGCACGCUGCCCAGUGCGCCCGGGAGGACGCGGGGCUGGACGGCGGCGCAUGGAGACCUACAUGCCGCCGCUUCCCUCCGCAGCCAGCAGCAGCAUCUCCCGGCUCCCCCCGGAGGCUUCUAGGCACGGAAAGGCUCCUUACCUCGGGCCAGGAGGGCAGAGGUGGCCAAAGGAGAUGGCGAGGCGUCCACCCUUCCGGGGCUCCCGCGCCCAGCCGUGCGGUGUCCUUUGUGUCGCGGUCUGCUGGCCUCGGCGCGGCGAGGUGGCCGUCGGCAGCGCGGGCUGGGCGAGGAGGCACCGCGGGGAGGAAGGCGGACUUGCCAGGAAGGUGAAGGGCGGAGGCUCCGGCGACCUUCAGGCCGCGCCGCGUGGCUGCCCAGCCCUCACUCCCCGGCUGCGCUCCUCCUCUCGGGGCCGACGCAUCACAGACUGCCCCCACCCCCGCCCGCACCCCCCUAGCCAGCCUCGCCUCGCACUUACACACGCGCUCUGGGGCGCCGAGGGGCUCGGCUCCGGCUCAUGCUCCUGCGGGGCGCUCGGCUGCUGUUGCUGCUGCCGCCGGCGGCGCGGGCACAGUCACCCCAUUUCUUUGCCUCCCGCUCGCCUUGAAGCUCCCGAGGCUGCGUGGAGCCCGGCGCAGCACGUCACAUGGUCUCUGCGGGCGGCCGCGCCUUCCCGCCUCGCAGUCGCCUUGCCCGGGAUGCGGCCACCGCGGCCGGCGGAACCUGAGCAGCCGGGACGGGGCGCAGCCCGGUGAAGGCGACUGGCCGCCUGCUCGCGGGGGAGUUGCAUUUCCGUAAAAUGGCGACAGGAACUCCCACCUGCGCGCCUGCCUGAGACCCACAUUGCAGCGCGCAAUAGGGGCGGGAGCGCAGGCAUUUAGUGACAGUGAACGUUCGGUCUCCGUGUUCCAUCAAAACAGGAAAGGGAAGGUGAAUCAUACUUCAUAAAUCAAUCUACCUGGGGUGCUCCAAGCAGGCAUCCGAGUCCUUACUGCAGUGGAAAGGCCACCACCAUGCACAGUCACAUUUACAGCACUGCAUCACUGACUCAUGUCUGAUUCCCCAUGAAUGCAGUCGCUGGGCUUUGACUGGCUCACAAGGUUCUUGACUAAACCUGAGACCUUGAAACGUCGAAUGGGAAGCAAAAUGACCCAGCUCAUUUAGGUGGCCUACCUCAGACAUACCUCUAAUACUGCUUCCCUCCUCUGUUUUAAGUUUUGUCCUGGUCCAGCUCUCCCAAUUUGCGAAAAGGAAAGUGAAUAGGGGCCCAGGCGGUGGUGCACCUGGUCAAGAGCUCACAUUACAGUGCACAAGGACCCAGAUUCAAGUCCUGCUUCCCACCUGCAGGGAGGAAGCUUUGUGAGUGAUGAAGCAGGGCUGCAGGUCUCUCUCUGUCUCUCUCUCCCUCUCCCCUCUCAAUUUCUCUUCUCUACCCAAUAAUAAAUAAAUAAAAAUAUUUUAAUUAAAAAAGAAAAAUAGCAUCUGUCUCACUGUCUUACUCUACAGAUUAUCAAAAAGUUGGGACUUCCCUCCCUCUUUCAUAAAUGUGUGAAAUAUUAGGAGGAAAUCACUGAUUUUAAAUAGUGUACACCACGCCUAGCAAAUCAUUCUGAUGAGUAGGUAAUAAACCUCAGUAAACUACACAGAACUCCAUGGGUCUGUUGAAGUGUUGAUAACUUAUUAAGGGCUGGGGAGAUAGCAUAAUGGUUAUAUAAAAAGACUGUCAUGCCUGAGGCACCAAAAGUCCCAGGAUCACCAGGUUCAAUCCACAGCACCAUCCUAUGCCAAAGAGGAGCAGUGCUCUGGUAAAAAAAAAAAAAAAAAAGUAUUCAUCCAUAUUUGUUUGGGGAGCAUCAUCUGAUUUCAAGUUUAUCACUUACCUUUAACAACAGUAAUUUGCUUGUUAGCUUCUAUGCCCCACAAAGGCCAUAUAUAUUAUCCAGAGCAGCACUCUGCCACAUACAAUGCUGGGGGCUGAACUAAGUACCUCAUGCUUGAGAGUCCAAUAUUUUAUCCACUAUGCCACCUCCCAGGAUGCUCCUAGUAUUUUUUAUAUAUUUAUUUUAUACUUUUAUAUAUUGUAUAAAUUAAUAAGUUUGUAAAAUUACAGUGUAUAGUUCCACACCACGCUCAUCACCAAAGUUCUGUAUCCUUUUGGGAGGUGGUUCCAAGGAUAACCACUAUAGUUCUCACAAGUCUUAGGAACAGUUUGCUUGCUUCAGGUUGUUUUUUUUUUCCAAAUUUAUGUGACUCAGUUCUGUAGAUUCCACAUAUGAGUGAAACUUUUUUUUAAUAUUUAUUUAUUUUCCCUUUUGUUGCCCUUGUUGUUUUAUUGUUGUAGUUAUUUUUUGUUGUUAUUGAUGUCGUUGUUGUUGGAUAGGACAGAGAGAAAUGGAGAGAGGAGGGGGAGAGAAAGAUAGACACCUGCAGACCUGCUUCACCACCUGUGAAGCGACUCCCCUGCAGGUGGGGAACCGGGGGCUUGAACCGGGAUCCUUAUUCUGGUCCUUGCGCUUUGCGCCACCUGCGUUUAACCCGCUGCGUUACCGCCCAACUCCCAGGCUUCUUUUUUUUUUUUAUUGUUGUAGUUAUUGUUGUUAUUGGAUAGGACAGAGAGAAAUGGAGAGAGAAGGGGAAGACAGAGAGGCAGAGGACAGACACCUGCAGACCUGCUUCACUGCUUGUGAAGUGACACCCCUGCAAAUGGGGAGCUGGGGGCUCGAACCGUGAUCCUUAGGCUGGUUCUUGUGCUUUGUGCCACAUGCGCUUAACCUGCUGCACUACCACCUGACUCCCGAGUGAAACUUUUUAAUUUGAAUUCAGUAGUGAUGAACUGAGCUUCAAGUCCUUGUGAAGUACUUCACAUGUAAAUGUUGCCUAUUUGGUCCUUUCAACCACUCAGUAUCUUUUUCUUUGCAUAAACAAGAAGGAUUCAAAGAGGCUACAAGGGUCCUGUUCACUGAAGACAGGACAUGAACAGGCAAUGAGGGGAGGGAUUCCAGUUUAGUUCUGAAUUCAAUGUCACCAUGGCAACUCAUUCUUUUGAGAGACAAGCAACAGGCUAAGCACUUCAUAGAGUCUCACAUCAACUUCACAGGAAGGCCAGCAAGAGAGCUCACCUGCAUAGUGCACCUGCUUUGUCAUGGGCAUGCAUGAUCCAGGUUCAAGUCCACCUCCACUACACUGGAGGGACUUUCAAUGUUGUGGUGUCUUUCUCUCUCUCCAUCUCUUUCAUUCUGCAAAAGUCAGCUUACAGAGGUGAAACCCAAUGAGGAUAAAAAUAAAUGAACACAGGAGUCGGGCAGUAGCGUAGUGGGUUAAGCACACAUAGCACAAAGCUCAAGGACCAGUGUAAGGAUCCCAGUUGGAGCCCCCAGCUCCCCACCUGCUGCGUCACGUCACAGGCGGUGAAGCAGGUCUGCAGGUGUCUAUCUUUCUCUCCCCCUCUCUGUCUUCCCCUCCUCUCUCCAUUUCUCUCUGUCCUAUCCAACAACAACGACAUCAAUAACAAAAACAAUAAUAACUACAACAACAAUAAAUAAAACAAGGGCAACAAAAGAGAAAAUAAAUAUAAAAAAAAAUAAGUGAAAACACAAACUUCAACAGUUUUCCUAAGAAAUGCAGACUAGCUUAAUCGCUGGUUCAGGGGUUAAAUAAUUUAGGCCAAACCUACACAGCUCUAAUUUGGCAUAUCUAGCUCUUGAUUCUGGGACUAAUUACACAAAUUGAUUCUCUGUAAAACAGAAAAGAAAAAGUGUUAAAGACAAAGACAGUUAACCAAACUGUAGGAAGAAGAGAAACCCCAGAUAAUGGGAGGCCUUAAGAAACCCUCUCUCCCCGUGAUAUAUUUUAUCCUCACAGUUCAUAAACUUAUAAGUCCUAAGGCUAACCUUUCGCCAGACACAGCUAUACAGGAAAAGAACAAUAACUAAGGCAAUCAGACCCAGAGCUAUAGCCUCCCCUUCUGUGAGAAUGCUCUCUGCAGGGUGAAGCUAGAUAGCAGAAUGGUUAUGCAAACAGAUUUUCCUCCCUGAGGCCCCAAAGUCCCGGGUUCAAUCUCCUGCACCACCAUAAACCAGAAAACAUGCUUUCUGCUCUCAGCCUACAGCCGUAUAUAAGCCGUACCUUUCCUUUGUUCAGGGCCCAGCAUCCUUUAAAAGCACGAGCUCUGGGGGCCGGGUGGUAGAGGUGUGGGUUAAGCGGAUAUGGCUCAAAGCGCAAGGACGGGCGUAAGGAUCCGGAUCCAGCCCCCGGCUCCCCGCUUGCAGGGGGGUCAUUUCACAAGCAGGUCUGCAGGUGUCUUAUCUAUCUCUCCACCCUGUCUCCAUCUCCUCUCUUGAUUUCUUUCUGUCCUAUCCAACAACAACAGCUAUCAUUACAAUAAAAGCAACAACAAGGGCAAUAAAAAUAGGAAAAUGGCUUCCAGGAGCAGAGGAUUCGUGGUGCAAGCACUGAGUGCCAGCAAUAAACCUGGAAGCAAA